AUGACUAAAGAUCGAUUGCCCGCGUUGCGGGCUGCCCAAAAUGCUGAAGAUAGCGAUCCAGAUGCAGCAUACACUGCUAUUAAUAUGGAAGAUAAUAGUCGAUUUAUGUCCGACUUUUUUGCUCAUGUGGAUUCAUUACGUACAAAUAUUGAUAAAAUAAGUGAACUUGUUGAUGAAGUUAAACGACUUCAUUCAACAAUAUUAGCUGCACCACAAGCUGAUGAUCGAACGAAAGAAGAACUCGAAGAAAAAAUGGCUGACAUUAAAAAAUUAGCUAAUGGUGUUCGACAAAAAUUAAAAGCAAUGGAAACUGAAUUAGAACAGGAAGGAAAUGAUAAUGCAUGGCAAACGGAACAAGAACAAGAACAGUCUCAAGCAACAUCAAGUAAAACUCAAGCACAAUUACGAAUUGAAAAAUCACAGUUAUUUGUGUUAACACAAAAAUUUCGUGAUGUAAUGAACGAUUAUAAUCAAGUUCAGUUGGGUUAUCGACAAAAAUGCAAAGAGAGAAUACAGCGGCAGCUUGAGAUCACCGGACGAUCUGUAACUGAAGGAGAAGUUGAAGAAAUGCUUGAAUCUGGCAAUCCAGCCGUAUUUACACAAGGCAUUAUGGUUGAAACAGCACAAGCGAAACAGUCACUUGCUGAUAUUGAAGCGCGACAUGGUGAUAUUAUGAAAUUAGAAAAAAGCAUCAAAGAAUUACAUGAUAUGUUUAUUGAUAUGGCUGCACUUGUUCAAACACAAGGUGAAAUGAUUGAUCGAAUUGAAUAUAAUGUUGUGCAAUCAGAAAAUUUCGUCAAAGCUGCUAGUACAGACACGAAAAAAGCUGUUAAAUUUCAAAGUGCAGCGCGGCGGGUGAGUUUUAAUAUUCAUAGUGUUGGCUAACUGUUGUAACAAUGCAUGUUUGUUGUGAUCUAACAUGAUUAAUUCUAACACUUGUAUGCGUUUGCUUGCUUCUAACUAACUGCUUCUCGAACGCUUUUUCUUCUCUCAUCGGGAUAUAAAAUCUAGUGAUCUAUUAUUUAUGCCUCUACUGAUCAACUCGGAUCGACGCUCAUUUUUCAUCAAUGAACUAAACAAUUAAUCUUAUUUAGAAAAAAAUUCUACUUAUUCUGUGUUUGGUUAUAACAGUGGUUAUUAUUAUACUCGUUCUUGUCAUUUAUUUUGUGAUUAAAAGUAAAAGUUCUAAUAACAAUUCUCAAUCAUCAGGAACAACAGUAACAACAGUAACAACAGUAAAACCAGUAACUUCUGGAACAGGCUAGAUAGAUUAUGUAUAUAGCAAUAUGCAAACGCGCUAAAUACUAACGGCAUGGCUAAUAUAUCUAUAUAUAUCUACAUGUACAUAAAUAUAUAAAUAAACAC